AACGAACUGAAAAAGAACGAAUCACUCAAAUGAAUCAUAAUUCCCAUCAAUAAAACACAGCGCGAACGUCACUACGGCAAGCAGCAGGUGUCCGAUUUGACGGCUCCUUUUUCAACUCCUCCCUCGACUGAACCGGCUAAUCUCACCGAUCGGUCUGCAAAGCGCCGCAUGAGGUCGAAGACACCUUAUGUGAACCUUAUGAGUUUCUAACACACAGAGUUCAACGACAAUGUCCUCAGAGCAGGAGCUGACACAGACACCCCUGCUCAAGAUCUGGGUGCCGUGGAUGAAGACUUCCCCAAGCCAAAGAAGAGGGUCCUCAAGACCCCAGUUUACAAACUGCCCUACAGUGAUUGUGAUGGUUGGACUGCCAGCCAGGGGAAAGACCUACAUCUCUAAAAAGUUAACCCGGUACCUCAACUGGAUUGGUGUCCCAACUCAAGUCUUUAAUGUGGGUCAGUAUCGAAGAGAGGCCGUUCAGACAUACAGAAACUAUGAAUUUUUCUGUCCAGACAAUGAAGAGGCCAUGAAAAUCCGCAGGGCAUGCGCCUCAAAUGCUCUCAAGGACGUUGCUAAUUACUUCACUAAGCACCAGGGACAAGUAGCAGUAUUUGAUGCCACCAACACUACAAGAGAGAGAAGAGGAGUCAUCAUCAGUUUUGCCAAGGAGAAGGGCUACAAGGUGUUUUUAAUUGAAUCCAUCUGUGAUGACCCAGAAAUCAUUCAGGCAAAUAUAACGCAAGUAAAGUUGAGCAGCCCAGAUUAUGAAAAUUAUGACAAAGAGGAAGCGCUGGUGGACUUUCUGAAGCGUAUCGACUGUUACAAAAUGUCUUAUGUGUCCCUGGACGAGGAAAAAGACAAACACAUCUCCUACAUCAAGAUCUUUAAUGUGGGGUCAAGGUACCUAGUGAACCGGGUUCAGGACCACAUUCAGAGUCGUAUAGUGUAUUAUCUCAUGAACAUCCACGUCACUCCUCGAUCAAUCUAUCUGAGCCGGCACGGGGAGAGUGAGCUCAACCUGCUCGGAAAAAUUGGUGGAGAUUCAGAGCUCUCUUCUCAGGGCCAAAAGUACGCUGGAGCCUUGUCAGAGUUCAUCAGGGGUCAGGCCAUCAAGGACCUGAAGGUGUGGACCAGCCACAUGAAAAGAACCAUACAGACAGCAGAGGCGCUAGGCGUCCCUUACGAGCAGUGGAAGGCCCUCAAUGAAAUUGAUGCUGGUGUAUGUGAGGAGAUGACCUAUGAGGAGAUUCAAGCAAAUUAUCCAGAGGAGUUUGCAAUGAGAGACCAGGAGAAAUACCGCUACAGAUAUCCAAAGGGUGAAUCUUAUGAAGACCUGGUGCACCGCCUGGAGCCCGUCAUAAUGGAGCUUGAGAGACAGGAGAAUGUUCUGGUCAUCUGCCACCAGGCAGUCAUGCGUUGUCUUCUGGCCUACUUUCUGGACAAAAGCGCAGAUGAUCUUCCUUAUCUGAAGUGUCCUCUGCAUACUGUUCUCAAACUCAUUCCAUUAGCGUAUGGAUGCAAAGUGGAGUCGUUCUAUUUAAACGUCAAAGCAGUGAAUACACACAGAGAUAAACCUUCCGAUGUGAAUAUCACAAGAAAGCCAGAAGAAGCACUCCGGACUGUCCCUGAACAUCUCUGACCUGAAUGGAAGAACUGUGACAGUGAAGCCAUUCAACGCAGAAACGUUUUUUUUUGCCAAAUCAAAGAAAUAUAUCAGAUUAUGUGUCAACAGUUGGUGGGCAAUUUAAAAAGAUUUAAGAAUGUUCCAUCCAAAUUCGUCAACAUUAUAAACAUUGUGUUUUUUAGGAUUUUAAAUAAUUGAAAUAAUAAAAGAAAUAAAAAAACAUUUAA